AAUCGGAGCGGGGAGGGCGGCAGGAUGGAGGCGGGGAGCUGCGCGCAGCGGCUCACUCGCCCCGCGGUGGCCCAGGCAGCGGCGGCAGCAGGAGCGGAGGCAGAGCACGGAGGGGCCGCGGAGCCAGGGCUUUGUUAGCUGCAGCCGCCGAGCCCCCUCCCCCCCGCCGCCGACCCCCGCCAUGGAGCCGGGCCAGCAGCAGGCUCAGUGAGCCGCUCCCGCCCCGGCCGCGCCGCGCAGGGAGGAAGAGGGCGAGGAAGGCGAAGGGCCAUUUUUGUCUCCUUGGAAGCCCAGCCACAGCCACCCAGCUCCUUCGCUGUUCCUGAAGACCCAGCACGUGCCCUGCUCGCCUGCCUGCAGCCAAUGAACUCCAUGAACCCAAUGAAACCAUCCCUCCCACCCACGCCGCAUGGUGAUGGUUCAUUUGCAUACGAGUCAGUUCCUUGGCAACAGAGCACCAAUCAGCCUGCAGGAUCUCUCUCCGUGGUAACCACCGUUUGGGGCGUCAGCAACAACACGUCCCAGAGCCAGGUUUUUGGAAACUCCAUGGGCCCUGGGGGAAACACCUCUGGAAACCCCAUGAUGCCCGGCAUGGCUGGCAGUGGCUCUGGAAUGAACUCGCCUCAGUUUAUGGGACAGCAGCCUUUCCCGGAGGGGGCCGCCAGCAAGGGCUACGUGCAGCAGGGGAUGUACGGCCGUAGCACAUACCCUGGGGGGCCGGGCUUCACCACCAGUUACGCAGGCAGCCCCAAUGGCCCCGGCGGCAUGGGCCUCCCUUCACACACGGGCCGGCCCCCGGCCGACUUCACCCAGGCGGCUGCUGCAGCCGCUGUGGCCGCAGCAGCUGCCACGGCCACAGCCACGGCCACAGCCACGGUGGCCGCCUUGCAGGAGAAGCAGAGUCAGGAGCUGAGCCAGUACGGAGCGAUGGGGGCCGGGCAGCCAUUUAACAGCCAGUUCCUGCCUCACUCGGGCCCCCGCGGACCCGCUGUGCCAGCUGGGAUGAACCCUGCCAGCAUGGGGGGCGUGAUGGGCCCUUCAGGAAUGUCUCCCAUGAGCAUGAACCCCGCCAGGGCCCCUGGCAUGACCCCCUUGUAUGGAGGACAGAGGCUGCCCCAGCAUGGGUACCCUGGGCCCCCACAGAGCCAGCAGAUCCCCCGGCAGGGGGUCAAGAGGGCGUAUUCCAGUGACGGUUACCCCGGGCAGCAGUACAUCCAGGGGGCCCAGUACCCCACCCAAGCUGCCCAGUAUGCUCCUAGCGCGCCCCAGCCAUCUGCACCAUCCCCCUCAUACCCUGGUCACAGGAUGCCCAUGCAGCAAGGAAUGGGCCAGUACCUCUCCGCCUCUGUCUCCGCCGGACCAUACUACAAGCCGACUGACCAGUUCAAUGGGCAGAAUGCCAGCUUCACCAGCUACAGCCAGGCCUCCAUGAACGGGGCUGGGGACAGCCACGAUGUGUAUGUCUCCCUGCAGCCUGGCCGGUCUGUGCCUGGCUACCCCAGCUCCCCGCUGCCCGGGAACCCCACGCCCCCCAUGACGCCCGGAAGCACCAUCCCACCAUACAUGUCCCCGGGGCAGGAUGUCAAGUCGCCCUUCCUGACGGACAUCAAGCCCAGCGUCAGCUCCCUGCACCCGUCGCCUUCAGGCAACCCGUGCGAGGAGCUGCGCCUGACCUUCCCCGUGCGGGACGGGGUGGUCCUGGAGCCCUUCCGCCUCCAGCACAACCUGGCUGUCAGCAACCACGUUUUCCAGCUCCGCGAUUCUGUCUACAAGACACUGAUGCUGAGGCCUGACCUGGAGCUCCAGUUCAAAUGCUACCACCAUGAGGACCGACAGAUGAACACUAACUGGCCGGCCUCAGUCCAGGUCAGUGUCAAUGCUACGCCCCUGACCAUCGAGCGGGGUGACAACAAGACUUCCCACAAGCCCCUCUACCUGAAGCAGGUGUGCCAGCCUGGGAGGAACACCAUCCAGAUAACCGUCACCGCCUGCUGCUGUUCUCACCUCUUUGUCCUGCAGCUGGUGCACCGGCCCUCCGUUCGGUCAGUGCUGCAAGGGUUAAUAAAGAAGCGCCUGCUGCCAGCCGAGCACUGCAUCACCAAAAUAAAGCGAAACUUCAGCAGUGGGACAAUCCCAGGGACUCCGGGUCCCAAUGGGGAGGACGGCGUGGAGCAGACAGCUAUCAAGGUGUCGCUGAAGUGUCCCAUCACCUUCCGGAGAAUCCAGCUCCCUGCCCGGGGCCAUGACUGCAGGCACAUACAGUGCUUUGACUUGGAGUCCUACCUGCAACUGAACUGCGAGAGGGGAACGUGGCGGUGUCCUGUUUGCAAUAAAACGGCCCUCCUGGAAGGACUAGAGGUGGAUCAGUACAUGCUGGGGAUCCUGAUCUACAUUCAGAACUCCGACUAUGAGGAGAUCACCAUCGACCCCACAUGCAGCUGGAAGCCAGUGCCCAUCAAGCCCGACAUCCACGUCAAGGAGGAGCAGGACGGCCCUGUGCUGAAGCGCUGCCGGACCAUGAGCCCCACUCACAUGGUGAUGCCCAAUGUCAUGGAGAUGAUCGCCGCCCUGGGCCCCGGCUCCUCACCGUUCACGCCCCUGCAGCCCCCGCCCACCAGCGGCAGUGCCAGUGACUACAGCAGCCAGAGUUCCAGCUUCUCUGGCCCUGGCAGUUUCCCGGACUCGUUCCCUCCCACAAACCCCGGCACCCCGACGUUAAAUGAAUUCACGCCGGGGCCUCCCCCCAUCUCCUACCAGUCGGACAUUCCCAGCAGCCUCCUGACCCCCGAAAAGCCACCAGCUCCCUCCAUCACCGGACAGAUGCCUCCAUCUGGCAGGAUAGACCCAUCCCACAACCCUGUACAGCAGGGGCUUCAUAACCCCAACCUCAGCAGCCAGUCGGGACAGCAGCUCCAUCACCGGAACCCUCCCCCCCCGCAGUCCCGGCAGCCCAUUGGGCAGGCGGGAUCCGGGGGUCCGGCGCAUGCAGGGGAUCUUGCCUUUAACCCUGGGCCUGGGAUGGUGGGGCAGCCAGUCAUGCCGGGAGCUGGGGAAGGGCCGGAGCCUUCCCUCGAUCUUCUUCCCGAGCUGACGAACCCUGACGAGCUGCUCUCCUACCUGGGCCCACCAGAUCUCCCCAACAACAGCAAUGACGACCUGCUCUCCCUGUUUGAGAACAACUGAAGCCGUACCCGGUGAAAUGCAGCCACCAGGCCCAGAGGCCCUCCACACCCCCAUCCUUGCCUCCACCCUGAGGCACCUCCACACUCACCCAUCCCACAGCUUUCUAGACACGCGCCUCUCCUCUGCACCGGGCAAGGACUCCUUUGUCUGAACUCUCAGAACCUGCCCCACAAAAGGGACCCUGGAGCAGCUGGCUCUGGAAAUCCUUCCCACGCAGUGGAGAUGUCCCUCUCAGACGGUUCCUGGAGCCUCCGUGACAUAGACGCACUCGGGCUAUGCUAAUGUGCCAGGUCACCAACAUGCCGGGUGUGCUGGCCCCACUGAUCAGCCCUGGAGGUGUCCUACAAACCACAGCUGGAGAAGAACAAGGCGGAGCAACUUCUUGGAAUGGGGCUUCCUCUGCUGGCUCUAGAAUGCUCAGCUCUGCCUGGGCACAUGGAGGUUCAGGAUGAAGACUGGCACCUGUGUGUACAUUGCCGCACAACCUAAGGCCACCGGGGACACAUGCUGAAGAAAGGCAGCGAACCAUGGAGCCCAGUAUGAGGCUCAGUCCCAGGGCCUGGCGAAGCAGACACAGCAUUGCCCUUGAAGACCUCCAGAAGCUGUCUCCACCCAUCCCAGCUCCUAGAUGGGCACAGCACCCAGUUGGCUUCAGGCCCCCCCAGUGCUCAUGUGCUCUGGCUCCCUACCAUCUCUGGGAGCCAGCAUCCUGGAUGUGUCAGUACUUCACAGGAGCAUGCCUGGAGAUCCACCUCCGCUCCCUGCUCUGUGGGGUUGGGCCAAUGAUGAAUUGCAGUGGAAGAAAGGGGGAGUCUGAAAAGCCUCUUCCAUUCCUUCCCCCGGGACUGCAGCAGAAGCAGCAAAGGAACUGGCUCCAUUGGAAAGACCAGCCAGUUCCCCAAACACACCCUGACAGACUGACUCCAUCUGGUGAUGGGUCAUCUACAAGCACAACGAUGUACAUAGUUCAAAAACACUAAAGGAAAGAAACCCAAUAUAUUUAAAGGCACGUGUGUCGCUCUGGUGUCUAGUUCUGGGGUCCCCCAGCCCCGGGGCAAGAGUCCUCUGUAUAAAUGUGCAUAUGCGCCCUAGUUUGUAAUAUAGACCAUUCCAUGUGGGACCACCCCUGCCACCAGAGACCUGCUGCUUCAGCCAGAGCGGGACCCCUUCCCUCAUGUUUGAAAUGUCUGUCCCACCCAAGCAGGGUCUGGCUGCUGAGGAUGGGAACACGCCCAGCCAGCCCUGGAAAUCAAAGCGAAGAGUCAGUCCAAAAUGCUGUGGUUUUGGAACCUGCCACUCCACCUCUCCACCCCCAGUCAGCACCUCUCUCCAACCAAGGCUGAAUUCAGUGUAGCGGAGAGGGGGUCCCAGAGGCGGCCUGACUGGGGAAAACCAAACCAUUAUCCCUGGCCGGAUUUCUUAGGAUGGAGUCCUGUGUCUGAGUGCUGAUGACUGUUUAGUUUUGUGUAUCCUGUUUCAUUAUCGCUAUAUAUUAAAGCAUUUCUUUUUGGUGGGGCUCACUGAA